GCUGCAUUCUUCGUAUUCAUCCAUACAUUGCUACUGUAAGUUACAGAAUGGCCGAGAAUGAUGUGGACAACGAACUGCUGGACUACGAGGAAGAUGAGGAGCCGCAGGUAGCCCCGGAAAGCGCUGCUCCAGCGGGGAAAAAGGAGGUCAAAGGUUCCUAUGUGUCCAUUCACAGUUCGGGCUUCAGAGACUUCCUCCUAAAACCCGAACUUCUGAGAGCCAUCGUUGACUGUGGUUUUGAGCACCCGUCUGAAGUGCAACAUGAGUGCAUUCCCCAGGCCAUCUUGGGCAUGGAUAUUCUGUGCCAGGCCAAGUCUGGUAUGGGCAAGACGGCUGUGUUUGUGCUGGCCACUCUGCAGCAGAUAGAGCCAGUGGACGGACAGGUUGCGGUGCUGGUGAUGUGCCACACGCGGGAGCUUGCCUUCCAGAUCAGCAAGGAAUACGAACGGUUCUCCAAAUACAUGCCCACCGUCAAAUGCGCCGUGUUCUUCGGCGGCCUGCCCAUCAAAAAGGACGAGGAGGUCCUGAAGAAGAACUGCCCCCACAUCGUGGUGGGCACGCCCGGCCGCAUCCUCGCCCUCAUCCGAAACAAGACCCUCAACCUGAAGAACGUCAAGCAUUUCAUCCUGGACGAGUGUGACAAGAUGCUGGAGCAGUUGGACAUGAGACGUGAUGUGCAGGACAUCUUCAGACUGACGCCUCACGAGAAACAGUGCAUGAUGUUCAGCGCCACCCUCAGCAAAGAGAUCAGACCCGUCUGCCGCAAGUUCAUGCAGGAUCCGAUGGAGGUGUUUGUGGACGAUGAGACUAAGCUGACUCUGCAUGGGCUACAGCAGUAUUACUGUAAACUGAAGGACAGCGAGAAAAACCGCAAACUCUUCGACCUGCUGGACGUCCUGGAGUUCAACCAAGUGGUGAUCUUUGUGAAGUCUGUGCAGCGCUGCAUAGCUCUCUCUCAACUGCUCGUGGAGCAGAACUUCCCUGCCAUCGCAAUCCACAGAAACAUGGCCCAGGAAGAAAGGUUGUCACGGUAUCAGCAGUUUAAAGAUUUCCAGAGAAGGAUCCUGGUGGCUACUAACUUGUUUGGAAGGGGAAUGGACAUCGAACGCGUCAACAUCGUGUUUAACUACGACAUGCCGGAAGAUUCCGACACCUACCUUCACAGGGUUGCUCGGGCCGGUCGGUUUGGAACUAAAGGUCUGGCCGUCACUUUCGUAUCAGACGAGACCGACGCCAAAACGCUGAAUGACGUGCAGGACCGUUUUGAGGUCAACGUGGCAGAGCUGCCCGAUGAGAUUGACAUCUCCUCCUACAUUGAGCAGUCCAGAUGAGUCUGUCCAGCCAGGCAACUGUCUCUCAGAUGUGUGAAUGGGGAA